AUGAUGAACUCUCAUGAGAUGGAGAGAUUGGAUUCCAAGAGCUCCGUUACGAUGAUGAUGGAAUCUCCUUCCACUUCUACCAUCGUUCAUAUGGGUAUUCCAAAUAGCAACGUCAGCUCACCAACAAUGAUGCCAACAGCAAAUGUUGAUGAAUCGGAAGAGCUCUCAUCAUCCCAAUACAUUUGUAGCAUCAAUGAUUGGGACGCAAACAAGAGGAAGAAAAAGAAAGGCUGGUUCGGCGUUUCUGUUCCCAAAUUUCCAAGAAGCAAUUAUUUGAAAACAACCAAGUAUACAUGGUGGAACUUUCUUUUUGUUUGUUUUUUCAAUCAAAUGAAAAAGAUCGGUAACAUUUAUUUUACAUUCAUCAUGAUUAUUGCCUUAGCGAUCCCAGGCGUUUGGAUAUCUGGCUCACCGCUUUUGUCUAUUGUGCCAAUUGCUAUCAUUUUGGGUGUUAAUUUUAUACGAGAGGGAGGUGAAGAUUUUUUCAGGUAUCUCAAUGACAGGAAAGUUAAUAAUGCCAAAACAAAAGUACUACGAGACAAUGAAUUUCGAACAGUUGCCACCAAGGAUGUUCGUGUGGGUGACAUUGUAAAAGUAGAGGAAAAUGAAGAAUUUCCUGCUGACUUGGUAUUGAUUUCAUCCAACUUUGAAGACGGAAGUUGUUCCAUUGAAACGUCAAACCUUGAUGGAGAAUCAGCCUUAAAAUCAAGAUAUUCUCCAAGUAAUUUGUCAACCUAUAAUACGUCACAAAGAUUGUCAACCUUAAAAGGUGUGAUCAAAUGUCAAGAGCCCAAUCAACAUUUACACAAAUUCAGAGGCUCUAUAACCGUGGAUGGAGUUGACUCUCCAAUUUCACAUCAAAACCUACUACUCAAAGGGUCUGUGUUAAAAAGUGGUUUUAUUCAUGGUGUAGUGGUGUAUACUGGAAAAGACACAAAAGUUGCCAAAAAUAUGCAACAAACCACUCUCAAGUUUAGUUUUAUUAAUACCAUGACGAACUUUUUCAUUUCCGUCAUGUUUGGAGUUAUGGCCAUUUUUGUGGUGUUAUUUGUUAUUUUAGAAGCAUAUUACGAAUUUACGUAUGCUAGAAAAGCUACAUACACAGGAAAGCUAAAACCAAUUGGUAUAUCUGAUGGUCUUUGGGUUGUUCACUCUAUUCUAGUGUUCGUUGUGCUAUUUAACUUAUUCGUUCCUGCCUCUUUAUUUGUUACCUUGGAGUUUGUAAAAGCUGUGCAGGCAAGAUUUAUAUCCAUAGACAACAAACUUUGCUACUCUGAAAUCGAUUCCCAUACUGGAAAGAAAAACGAGACAAAAGGAGCAGCAAUUUCGAGCGACCUUCAUUCUGAUUUAUCUCAAGUGGAUGUUAUUGUGACCGACAAGACUGGUACUCUCACUGAAAACUCAAUGAAUUUUAACAAGCUAUGGUUAUUGGAUGGUCCCACUUUUGACGAUACCAUGGGCGCAGGUGACAUUCAACUGGCUUAUUCAGAUGAAGCAAGAUCUGAGUCAAAUUCAACACAAUCAGUAGUGCUGAACAAAACCAAAACAGUGUUGUCAGAUGAGCAAUAUUUCACAGUUAUGGUUUCAUUAUUGACUCUUUCAUUGUGUCACAAUGUAACUGUUAGAAUUGGCGACAAUGACAAAAUUACCUAUGACGGAGAAAGCCCUGACGAAAUAGCUUUGGUUAAAGGAGCGUCAAAUAAUGGAUUUGUGCUGAAAUACUUUACCGAAAAGAAGACAAUAUUGUCAAUUUUCAAUAAGGAAUAUACAUUCGAACGGUUAGCCGAAAUUGCUUUCACACCGGAGAGAAAGAGAAUGUCAACGUUGUUUAACAUACCAACAGAUUUCUUGCAAGAUUAUCCGAUAUUUUCAAAGAUGGCAUUAAAACACAAUGUGCCAGAAGAGGACAUUCAAAACGGAAGUGGUCUUAAUUUAUGCCUUAUCAAAGGGGCAGAUACUUUCGUAUACCCUUGCAUUUCUAAAGAUUGUCUCGACAAUUCAAAACAGAAAGUGGAAUCUCAACUUUUAGAUUUUUCAAAAGAAGGACUUAGAUCUUUAGUUCUGGCAUACAAGUUUGUGCCCAAUUCUGCAGUUAAUAACUGGCUUGAAACCUAUUACCAGUCAAAGAAAGAAAUUGUUGAUUCAAAACAAUUGGAACUUCUUCACAAAGCAGAGUCAGAAAUGGAAAAUCAAAUGACCAUUUGUGGUGCCACAGGAAUUGAGGAUAGAUUACAAGUUCAAGUUCCAGAAACGUUAAAGUUUUUCUUCGAUGCAGGGCUCAAAAUAUGGAUGGCAACUGGCGAUGCACGAGAUUCAGCUAUACAUAUUGCAAAAAUUUCCAAGCUUGUCAGCGAAGAUACUCCAAUACUUUACAUGGAAUAUAAUCAUAGCACCUAUGAAGAUGUAUUGGCAGAUGAGUUGUUACAGAAGAUUUCCCAAAUGCCCUCUCAUCAACAAGAGAAUCUGUCACUUGUGAUGGACGGCCACGUUAUGAACAAGACGGAAGUGUCUAAAUCACUUGUUACUCUCUUGGAGAAGUGUAAAACCGUAAUUUGUUACAGGUCUACUCCAAAACAAAAGGCCAGUCUCGUACAACUUCUAAGAAGCAAGUUGAAGAAAAAUUGUCUGGCUAUUGGUGAUGGUGCCAAUGAUGUUUCCAUGAUUCAAAAAGCCAAAGUUGGAGUUGCUAUAAUUGGUAAAGAAGGUCAGCAAGCCAAACUUGCGUCAGAUUAUGCCAUUCCUAAAUUUUUCAUGUUAAAACGUUUGCUUGCAGUACAUGGAAGAUAUUCCUUCAAGAGAUCAGCACAGUUUGUCCAAUAUUCAUUCUAUAAGAACACAGUCAUUGCCUUUGUUCUAGUGCUCUACAACUUUUACAAUUUAUAUUCUGGUCAAACGUUGUUUGACGGAUGGGUCAUUACAUUUCAAAAUUAUAUAUUCACUUUGUGGAAUCCUUUCAUCUUUGGCUUGAUAGAAAAAGAUAUUACUGAGGACUUCUUAGAGGACCCAACCACAGGUCCAACACUUUUUAAGAAUUUAAGAAAAGAGAAUGUAUUUAAUUGGUUUUCAUUUAUUAAGUGGAUUUUUGGCUCAUUCAUCCAUGCGGUCAUUAUUUUCUUUUUCAACAUGUAUGGGACAGAGCCAACCAUGCUUGCUAAUGGGCAAAGUGAUGAUCUUUGGUUGAGAUCGACACUUGUGUACACCUGUGUAUUUGCAGUAGUCACAUUGAAAUGUUUUUUAGAGAUGGAACAUUAUACUAUUUUGCACGGCAUUGCCAUGCUUCUCUCAGUGUUGUGCUUCACUGGAUAUGUGAUUGUAUAUACUAUCAUUCCAUCUGCCUUAACGAAUGUGUGGUUUAUGGCAAUGAGAACACCCACAUUUUGGUUUAUUCUUCUAUUAUGCGUGGCUACAUGCUUGGGUAUUGAUUUAAUUUUCGUUUCGGUGAAAGUCAUUUGGUUUCCUGACAUGUACCUUAAAUUGAGGAUGCAACACAAAAAGAAUCACCAUGUAAAUGAAGAGAAGGACCAAGAAUUGCAAUACACACAGUAA